AUGACAGAGCGCCAGGUUUUCGAAAACCUUACACUUUGCACAAACUACGUUGUCACACUUCUUAAGAAGGGCUGGCAAUCAAUCGGCUCCAUUGUCCUCAAGUCCACAAUGGGCAAGGCUCACCGUAUCUACUAA